GGGGGCGAGCCAAGUGCGUCCAGGAGGUGGAGGAGAAGAACAGGGAACGCGAACUUAAAGCCGCAGCAGACAGUGUCUUAUCUGAAGUAAGGAAAAAGCAGGCAGACACAAAGAGAAUGGUUGACAUCCUGCGUGCCUUAGAAAAGCUCCGAAAACUGAGAAAAGAGGCAGCAGGAAGAAAAGGUGUUUGUCCACCACCCUCAGCAGAUGAAGCCUUUGAACAUCACAUACAGAAUCUGAGGACACUGAUCAGAAAACGCACUGAACUGUAUGAAGCUGAAGAGAGAGCAUUAAGAGUUAUGUUAGAAGGAGAACAGGAAGAAGAGAGGAAAAGAGAAAUGGAAAAGAAACAGAAGAAAGAAAGGGAAAAACUUCUACAGCAGAAACGGGACAUUGAUUCCAUGUUAUUCGGGGAUCCAGAUGAGUUUCCCCUUAAUCAUCUACUGCAACCCUAUAGACAAUAUUAUUUACAAGCUGAGCAUUCUGUACCAGCCCUCAUCCAGAUAAGGCAUGAAUGGGAUCAAUACCUAGUACCAGCUGAUCAUCCUGAAGGAAGCUGUAUCCCUCCAGGAUGGGUCAUUCCAAGUCUCCCUACCAAUGACACCUGGGCUACUGCUGUCAGAUAAUUUCAUAAGUCAGUCUGAAGUGGUAGGAAUGUCCUUAUAGGUAGGUAGUUCCCAAGGAAAGGUCACAUAUAGGUAGGUACAUUCCAAAGAAAUAUAUAGGUAGGUAUAUCCCAAAGAAAUAAAUAUAUUUAAUUUCCUUGAAAUCUAUACCACUCAACACUUACACAAUUUUGGAACAUCCAGGCAGAGUGAGUGAGUGAAGAAUGGCCAUCAAUAUAUAUUCUGAAUAUCCUUGAUUUUUUUUUAUGUUUUUUUGACAUGUCACAUGAAUUCUUUGGUAUAUUUAUACUAAUGUUUCUGUAAUUUUCUUUUAAUUACAGUAUUGAAAUAUUGAAUCAGUUUUUAAUAUAAAAUGACUACAAAUGUAUACAUCUAAUUUUCUCAGUUGUGUGAUGUUUCUCCUGUUUUAAUACAUAUUAAAAUGUUUGCUUAUUUUAAUUUUAUGAACAGGAAUCAAGAUUAUGAAAACAAUAAAUAAAAAUAUUACUAAGCAAAAUAUUUUUCUCAUUUUUUAGUAAUAUAUGGCCCUGUAUAUCAUACCUAUCACACUGUUUCCAUAUUCUUGUUAUAGAAAUUAAUGGUAACAAGUUAGCCAAACCGUAGGUUAGGUCUUUUAAAUGCUUGUCAAUAAUAGCAGUUUUUGGCAUUUUGAUCUCAUAUGUACUAAAAUUGGUACCACACUGUGGAAGAAUAUCUCCCAACUUGUUAUGUUUAGUAAGGUAGACUAGCCAUGUGACUAUAAAAAACUUGAAGAAUAAGCAUACUAGAAAAAAGGUAAUGUAAUAAAAGCUGAAGUAUGAUUUUAUUGUAAUUAUUCUUGCUACAUAAUCACUUCCUUGGUAAAAUGUAACUUGAUCAAAAAUACAAUUCUGAUUUUGUAAAUGCAUUUUAUACUUACUCAGAGAAUAUGACAAUUUCCUUUUUGUGAAAUUUUCCAUGGUCCAGUAGGCCAGCCCCUUUGCAUCACUUAAUCUCCAUAAUAUGGACAGGGCUUCUGGCAAAGUAGACAUACAGGGAACCACCACAGCUCUUUUCCCUAGGCACUGUAGAAGGUUGUUUUGCAGCUGUUUUUUGUACAGGCCAGUAUAUAGAACAGUGAUCGGGUGUUGCAAUGGGAUCACUGUUUAUGCAGAUUCUAGUUUUGCCUAGUAGAUCUAACACCCUCUACAAGUGAUUCAGAGUUGCACCUGCUGCUUUCUGUAGGUGGCAAUGCUGCAUCUUGGCCCCGCAAUGAGGGAAUGGAUUUAAUCUUUCCAACUCACUUGCAUAUCAACAAGAUAGACAGUAUCUGGUCAGACUCCAUGUAAUGGAAUUAUUUCACCCUAAAACUGCAUCGGAAAAUCAGUAUAUGGUUGACUCACGCCUUGUGUACACUAACGUGGGCCGUCGACCUGUAUUAUACAACUAUAGCUGAAGUUGAUGUACUUCGGUCUUCCUACCACAAUAUCUUCACCACGGUAAGUAAACAGCUGAUGCUCUCCCAUUGAGUCCACUUACUCUUCUCAUUUUGGUGGACUAUUGGAGUCGAUGGGAGAGCAGUCGGUAGACAAUUUAUCACAUAGAUGUGAUAAAUUGACCCCUGCUGAAUUGAUUUCUCUCUGUUAAUGCAGCUCCUAUUGAACACAUGUCCUACAAUAUAGUGACAUAUUCAACACCAUUUUAUUUUGUGGCUUUACAAGUAAAUGUAAAUGUUCAUAAUUUUUAACUGAAACUUGUGCACAGAAUUGAGAUCUGCACACUGAGAAUUACUGAACUGAAAGAGUUAAAAUGAGGGUGUGAUUCCUUGGCAAAGAAAAUGCAGCAGAUGUAGCUUACAUAUGUGUUACCUGUAAACAUCAUAUAAAAUAAAUUGUUAUAAAGUAAUUAAAAGCAACGCCAGGGUUUCUGGUUUACAAAAGGAAAAAAAUGCUCUUUUUAGUUUUGUGUUAUACAGCAAAUCUUUAUCCUAGUAUUUUAUUUGCUCUAGAAAAAUAAUGGCAGCAGUGUCUUCAAUUUAUAAAACUUAACGAAUGACGAGAGGAUAUUCAGGAUAAGUGGUUAGGCUCCUUAUUGUGUCAGAGGGUAUGGCGUUGCAGGCUGAUUAGAAACGUGACUUAGACACCUCACUUCUGUGGUGCAAGCAUUUAAAGAACUGAGCAGUGGUUCAAUACCGGUGUAUGUAAAACAACACAAGUUUCUCUACUUCAUGGGAAAAGCUGUAUGAUUUCUUUUUUUUUAAGGUAUGCAUAACUAUACUUCUGUAUCUUGUUCAUAAAUAUACAAAAUUUAAAAUGCCAGUUGAUGUACUGUAGAGCUAAGUAUACUCUUGCUAUGUAGUUUUAAUACAGUUCAUAUUAUAGCAUUGUCUAAGAUUGAUUUCCCUUGUAAAAUAUUUUGAUCAAAGAAAAAAAAAGUCUUUGGGUGUUUAAGCCACCAACUGAAAAUAACGUCUUCAAAAGAUUGGAUAGUUUAGAAACUAUUGUAUCCAAGCUUGUGGUUGUGAUUCUAAAGGAGUCUGUUUUCAAAUAAACACUAAUCGGAUUAAAUCUAUGAACCGAGCUGAAUCCAGAAAGGCAUUUUUGUGCUAUUUUCUUGAGGCUUAGAAAAUUAUUGCGUCCCAAAAGAAAGUUGAUUAUAAAUUUCCAUGACUCCUUUGCCCCACUUUCAUGUUUGCUUGCAAUACAAUUUCAUUAUUGUAUGGCAGUAAGACAUUCUGUCCACUCUUGUAGUGUCUUUAUGUUUUUUUAAAUUGUGCUUGAUGUUUAAUUCAGCUGUCAUCCUGGAUUCUCUGAUGUGAAACUGACUAGGAGUAAUGUGAAGAUGACACUGGAUGAGUGAGCUCAGAAUCCUUAUUAAAAAAAAUAAAAUUAUGUUUUAGCAUAAGCUCUUAUUUACUGGUCGGUAACUCUGCUUUCAUAGUCAGACAGGGUCUCCUAUUAUCUUAAAAAUGGAAACCUCAGUUGCAUAUUUUUAUAGCAUAUCAUAAUGGUCCAUUUGUUAUGAAUAAAGCUAAGAACCUCUGAAGAUACCUGGAGUGCUGACAGAUUUUAUCUAGUGUGUAACCACUUCCUAGGUUUGAUGUACACAAAGUUUUUGUAUCAAUGAUUGCGCAUGUGUUUG